AGCCUCGCUCUGCUCCCGACCAAUCGGAAGUGAGUAUUUUUCGCGCUGGUUGGCCGGAGAGUUUGAGUUUCCCGCAAGCUUUUGAUUCGACUUGAAUGAAAUCCUUCGCUUUACAGGAUGAAUGCGGACAUUUUCCCCAUUUAACGACCAAGAAGAGAUUCAACAGCUCAGUGAGCCUGGAGGGGGUUAGUUUGGAUGGACAGCAAAGGUAGCUCUCUGCCUUCAAUGCCUGAACCAGCCAACCCGAUCAGCAUGAAGCAGCCCCCAGAGUCCCUCAGUGUACGGAAAGGUGGGGGGGACAUGGGCAGUGACCCUGCUUUACUAAUGGACAAAGCUGCUGCCCAGCUGGCCGCCACACUGCAAGACGGCGCCCUUCAGAAGAUGGCUGGCAACAGUCAUAACAACCACAGCCACGAGAGGCUCAAAGACCUCACCUCCCGCGUGCUGAAUGGGGACCAAGACGUGCUGCCUAAGCUUUGUGCUCCAGAGCCACCUAUGCUUAAGGGUGCUGAAGCCCCUGCUACCAAUGGCACCCAUCAGCACAAUUGCACUCCUGAUACUGAACAUGAACUGAAGGUGACCAUACCCCAGGUGGUCGAGCAGCCGCUGUUCGAGCCAUGCUGCGCCAAUGGGACGAGUCUGGCUACAGUCACCGAAGGUCCUAUAUCUGGACCAGAGAAGAGAAAGGACUCAAAGCAAAGGAGGGGGGGGGCUCACAAUCCAAACCUCAGUUCUUCAGCCAUCCCCGUGGAGCCAUUGGACCACACAAAUGCUGUAGAUGGAACGGGAGCAGCUGAUGAGACUGAUCUCAUCCCAGAGUUGACGCAGGAGGAUCCAGAAGACUCCCCUCUGCUGAUUCGUUUUUCUGUUGGUGAUUUGGUUUGGACCAAAGUGUCGGGAUACCCCUGGUGGCCUUGCAUGGUGACCACAGACCCAGAAUUCAACAAUCACAUCAAACCGAAACAGAAAGCUGUCAACAGCAGGUCGGGCCUCCUUUACCAUGUGCAGUAUUUUGGAGAUGCCCCGGAGAGGGGCUACAUCUUUGAGAAAAACAUGGUGUACUUCACUGGGGAGGAUCAAUACCUGGAGCUUAGCCAGGGCAACAAACCGCCAGCCUCCCGUGUCAUCCACAAAAAGACCGCUCCCUCUGUGCCCCUUAAACUCCAGGCUCAGUGGAACAUGGGCAUCAUUCAGGCCAAGGAGGCCUUCAGCAUGUCCCUGGAUGAGCGCAUGUUGAACUUCACAUUUCUGUAUGAUGAUGACGGGCCUCAUCUGAACCCCUGCAUCCUGGAGAAGCUGAGGCCACAGCAGAGAAACGAGAUGGACCAGGAAACCGAGUCUAGACUUAGCCCAGAAAUCCACUCCCCGCUGGUGGGCCCUUCCAACGAGCCCACAGUUGCCGCUCGGUCCCAAGGCAGCACUUCAACUUGGAAAAAGACCCAAGCAUCCAGAACAAAACUCAACUGGCAAAGAAGGGGCAAAGGCCAUCUAAAUAAUGUCCUCUCGAAAAAGCAAUUGAACACAGUUUCUUCAAAAGAAAUGCUUCCUCUGCUGCCAACUUCACAGGAUCCCACCACUUCUGCAUCAGAUCUACAAGCUGAAUCAGUCGUACCUCAGAAGAAAAAGAGGAGAACCAGACAGGCACCGUCCUCUACAAAGACGGUGAGGAGAAGGAAAAAACCUGCGACGGACAAGACUUCUGACCCCGGGAAGAAAAGAAAAUCAAAGCUGGUUUCUUCGACAGACAAUAUGGCUGAACCAAUCUCACUUCCAGUUUCACUUCCAGUCAAGAGACAGCGAAAGAAGACCUCUGAAAGGCCACCAACAGAUGCUACGGCAGAUAAGGUUCAGCAGCCUAAAAAGAGACGUAAAGCAAGCAAAGUUGCUGCAAAACAGGCCUCGACUUCAGAAGGAACAGACAAAAAGCAGAGAAGAAGGAAGAAAGCUGACAAAGACGUAACGGAAACCAAGAAGAGACUAACCAAGUCGAAAGCCCUCCUCACUGAUGUCCAAGAUGCAGAGAAACCAAAGCGUAGGAGGAAAAGGAAGCAGGAUGGCGAGAACCAGUCCAUGCCCCCCAAGGCAAAGAAGAGGCGGACCUCCCCGUGUCCUGAUCCCGAGGGCUCUGGGAGUGAAGGGCGUCCUGAAUCUCCGAGUGACAGUUUAGACGGGACGAAGAAGGGCGAACGGAAGAAAGAGUUUGUCUGCCAGAUGUGUGAGCAGGCUGGCGAGGACUUGUUGCCCUGUGAGGGCCAGUGUUGUGGGAUGUUUCACCUCCACUGUCUGGGCCUGUCAUUGAAACCUGACGAGAAGCUUCUGUGUCAGGAGUGCAGCACAGGAAUUCACUCGUGUUUCAACUGUAAGCUGUCGGACGGUGCAGUGCGCCGCUGCCACGUCCCGCACUGCGGCAAGUUUUACCACGAGGCGUGCAUCCGCCUCAACCCUCUCACUGUGUUUGACAACAGGGGCUUCCGCUGUCCGCUCCACGCCUGCCUGAGCUGCCACUACGGCUGCCGCACCAAGCAGAAGUCCACCAAAGGUCGGUUGAUGCGUUGCCUGCGCUGCCCUGUCGCCUACCACGUCGGUGACCUGUGUGUUGCCGCCGGCAGUGAGAUGGUCACCAACACCACCAUUAUCUGCACCAACCACUUCAAUGCCAAGAAGGGCUACAGCCACCACAGUCAUGUCAACGUCAGCUGGUGCUUCGUCUGCUCUAAAGGAGGCCAGCUGCUGUGCUGUGAGUCUUGUCCUGCAGCUUUUCACCCCGACUGCCUGAACAUCGCUAUGCCUGAUGGGAGCUGGUUCUGCAACGACUGCCGGGCCGGAAAGAAACCCAAAUACAGUGACAUCAUCUGGGUCAAACUGGGAACAUACAGGUGGUGGCCCGCAGAGAUCCACCACCCCAGAAACAUCCCCACCAACAUCCAGCACCUUCGCCACGAGAUCGGAGAGUUCCCAGUCUUCUUCUUUGGCUCCAAGGACUACUUUUGGACACACCAGGGUCGAGUGUUUCCAUACAUGGAGGGAGACCGGGGCAGCAAGUACCAGAGGACCGGCAUUGGCAAAGUCUUUAAGAAUGCUCUGCUGGAGGCUGAAGUUCGAUUCAAAGAGAUCAAAAUUAAACGAGAGGCCAAGGAAGCACAAGAGAACAGCCGCAAACCACCCCCAUACAAAUUUAUCAAGGUCAACAAACCCUUCGGGAGGGUUCAGGUCUACACCGCAGACAUUUCUGAGAUCCCCAAGUGUAACUGCAAGCCGACCGAUGAGAGGCCGUGCGGCUUCGAGUCGGAGUGUCUCAACCGCAUGCUGCAGUACGAGUGCCACCCUCAAGUUUGUCCCAGCGGGGAGCGCUGCUGUAACCAGGACUUCACCAAACGUCUCUACCCAGAGACCAAGAUCAUCAAGACCCCCGGCAAGGGCUGGGGCCUGAUCUCUCUGCGGGACAUCAAGAAGGGGGAGUUUGUGAACGAGUACAUUGGUGAGCUGAUAGACGAGGAGGAGUGCAGGGCGAGGAUCAAAUACGCCCAGGAGAAUAAUAUCACGGAUUUCUACAUGCUCACCAUCGACAAGGACCGGAUCAUUGACGCCGGUCCGAAGGGAAACUACUCCCGCUUCAUGAACCACAGCUGUCAGCCCAACUGUGAGACGCAGAAGUGGACGGUGAACGGGGACACGCGGGUCGGCCUGUUCGCCGUCUGUGACAUCCCAGCAGGGACUGAGCUGACAUUUAAUUACAACCUGGACUGCCUCGGGAAUGAGAAGACCGUUUGUCGCUGCGGCGCACCCAACUGCAGCGGUUUCCUUGGUGAUCGACCUAAGAACUCAAACGGUCAAACAGCCGAGCCAAAAGGCAAGCGGUUGAAGAGAAAGUAUAAAAAGAGGAAAACCGAAGGAAAGAAGUCUGACGACGACUGUUUCCGCUGUGGGGACGGGGGGCAGCUGGUGCUCUGUGGCAAGAAGACCUGCACCAAAGCCUAUCACCUCUCCUGCCUCAACCUCACCAAGAGGCCUUUCGGCCGCUGGGACUGCCCCUGGCAUCACUGUGACGUCUGCGGCAAAAACUCAGAGGCUUUUUGUCAGCUCUGCCCCAACUCCUUUUGCAGUGCUCACCAGGAGGGGGCCCUGCGUUCCUGGCCCCCCACCGGACAGCUGUGCUGCCAGGAACACGACGAGCCCGGGGGAACGGACAACCGGGAUCGGGACCUCCACCUGGAGACUAACGCGGCGCCAACGGCCUCCUCCGCCACCGCCGCUGGCGGCCGCCGCCUUCCUAAAGGCUCCAGGAAGGCAGUAGGCGGGGCCAAAACAAAAGGCUCCAAGAGGAAAGCGGCAGAGGCCUAACGGUGACCUUUGACCUCUCAGAGCCAAAAGACCGAACCAGACUCUGACACCUGCCUCCCCGUUCAUGGACACACACAAACCCUGCGUAACAAGGUCUCCAAGACGGCAAAAAUCCAGACACUGUACAUGUUCAUCAGGGAAAGCCGCCGACCGCUCCCAUGCCUGGCAGCGGCCUCUAGCUCAGAGCUCAAAUAUUUUUCUAUUUCAAACAUCUUCAGGUUUGUUUUUUUACUUGUCUGCACUGAGCCGAACCAUCUGCGGUAAACCACAACGCAGCAGAGCCAGCGCAGGUCCCAAAACCUCAGCCAGUGGAUUUCUACUCUUCUUCCUCCACCAACCAAACUGCAUAUUUCAUUUUUAGUUGGGUCUUUUUGUCUGUGUUUUUUUAUUAUUAUUAUUAUAAUUAUUAUUAUUUCAGGAUAACAAAAGAAACCAGUUGCUUUUUGCAGAAUAGAAACUGAAUCAGCUGGUAAAACGGAGCAGCAACUUGAAUCUCAGCCCGCCCCCCCACACACACACACACACACACACACACACACACACCUGUCGUCGCUCCACACGGAAGACCUGCAAUAGCAGAUUUUUAUAGCUAUAUCUACAUAUGUGUAUAUCAAAGACCAAAAUUAUGAUUACUGGAAUGGUUCAAGACAUCAAACAGGUUGCCAAAUGGAUUGUUUUUAUUUUUAUAUAUAGUAUAUAUAUGCCAGAUGUAAUAUGGAAGACACUAUGGAUAGGCCUCGGAUGAUGUUUUGUAGCCAUAGGUUACAUUGAACUGUAGACCUUUGUUUGCUAUUUACAACCUGUUUUUGUUUUAGCUCGGUUUUUUGCUGUAGAUUCCAACUGUUCUUUAGCUUUCGGUAUCAGGAUGCUGAACUAACACCAUCCUUUUGAUCCACCUGCCGGUCCAGAGAGGUCCGCGCCCGACGUAAAAACACUACUGGGAGGUCUGAAGUCUCCACUGCUCUCUGCCAAAGCAGAUAAGUGAAGGAAUGCUUGUUCUUUUCUGGAAGGUUUCGAGUUCUGAGUCCUAACCGUUUUAAGGUGCUUUUUUUAUUAUUAUUUUCCCUCUGAAGUAUCUGAAAUCAAAGGUACAAAGACUGAAGUUUCAAUAACACACAUCCAGCUGAUUCAAAUGUUGAAGGCCUUUGGGUGUCACCGGCCUGGCUCCUUGAGUAGGCCGAGCUGAGCUUUUAAAAAGACAGACCUCAGAUAUUUUAAUCCUCCGAAGGUUUUUAGUCUCAGAACUGCAUCAUGCUUGUUUAAAUCCUUCAAAAACAUCUCGUAACUCCAACAUUGGGCCGAUUUUUUUUUUUUUUUUUCCUUUUUGUAAUUGGCGUGAGGCGUCUCGAAGAGACUGGUCGCACGUUUUAGGACAGAAGUCCGACUUUAGUCACGAUGUGGUCUGGGAGCUCCAGCUGGACUUCUUAAGCAUCCGCUGUUCUUAAAGUGUCAUGCUUGUGCUGCCUCCAUGUCCAUAUGGAGUUACUAUAAUCUGCACAUUUUCAAACUGAUCAAUACUAUUUGCAUAUUCCAACAAAGGAGGAAAUCAAAGGUUGAGUCAAUAUUAAGACUUUGCGUUGUAAUAAUAGAGGUGAGCAUUAACUACACAACCUGCAGUUUGAUGGUGAUGAUCCUGAAGUCCGUUAAGACUGGAGCCAGUAGUCUUGGAAGGCUCUGCGCUACAUUUAUAGACUUGGCUUAGCUUAGUUUUACUAAUUUUGAAAUGUCCUAAAAUGGCCACCGUAUUUGGUGCUUUAAACCCAUUUCAGAUGAAAAGAUGCAUGUUGAUUAAGCAAGAGACGCAGGAGAAAAAACGAGGGUUGGCUCUCUUUUCUUUGCGGUACCAGGUUAACGGUGAUUGUUGCAAAUUUCAUAUUUGAGUCUGUGGUAAGGGAACCCAAUAUUUAGCCAGUAUCUGGAACCCAAUAUUUAGCCAGUAUCUGGAACCCAAUAUUUAGCCAGUAUCUGUUUUAGGCCAGUUAACGAGGCGGUUUUUAUUUUAUUUUUUUGCCGCAACUCUGAGGCUACAACCAAUUAUUACUUACUGUUAAUCUUCACAUCUGACAUUGAUUAUGAAAACUGCUCAAUUUAAUCUCUAAUCUGAAUUUUUUUUCCUUCAGCUGGCCAUUUCAUCUCAAAGCCGAUAUGUAAAACAUCUCCGACGUCCCAGAUUUGAGUUGUACAGAGAGAGACCAUUUAUUUUUAAGAACUGCACCUUUUUUUUUUUAAUUUUAUGUUUAGUUUUUCCCAGGGUGUGUAAACGGGACAUGUCCAGAGGCGUUGCAAGUCCCAGUAUUUUUGACUUUGUAUGUAUCCUAACCUUGACUUGUGUUGAGUGAAUGUAGUCCAGCCAGUUAUUUUUUUUGGAAGCACUGUAAUUCCCUGUAGAGCUGAAGUGUAACGUGUGCGUAGGGGUUUCCUUCUGUAACUACUGUCAUAGUAAACCAGAGACUAAUAUGUACAUAAUGUAUAAGUGGUAAUAGUGAUGCAUCUAUUGUAAAUAUACAAUUUCUGAGAUUGUAUGUUUGUUUGUUUUUUCUUGAUGCAGUGCUGAAACACUUUUGUGCAGGAUCUAACGUCUGUUGAAUCGUGCAAUAAAAAGUGACCAAACAUGCA